AUGACUGCCGAUAGACUCCAUGACCACUGUAUUCUGACCCUGGCCACAAGCAAGCUACCCUGUGCCAUGUCAACUAUAGAGAUCACAGAGAAGCUGGAGCUCAAUAAGUUCUCAUCAAACAGAGCACGCCAUAUUCAAGGGACCAGUGCAGUGAAGGGAAAAGGGCUGUAUGAUGGACUGGAUUGGUUGAAGGACACUGACAGCCAAAAGAGGUGGUCAUGA